AGCUAUCCUUAAUUAGCACAGGAAAAAACCUUGCUCCACUGUAAGGAAUGGUCUGAAGAUAACCUGUCGGCAACCACAGAGAAAGAGAGGAAGGGAGAGAGAGCAGGAGUGAGAGAGAGAGAUAUUUUGAGUUGUAAGUGGAGUUUUGUGUCUGGUCAUCAUACUCUGAUACUCAAGGAGAGAGGCAGAGAAGAGAGUCCGACAGAGAGAGAGAGAGACAGACAGACAGACAGACAGACAGACAGACAGACAGAGUGGAGUUUUGUGUCUGGUCAUGAUCCACUGGGCGGCUUAAGAAUGGAGGGUCAACAAUCUGAAAUGGAGAUAGAGGUCCCUGAAUACUCUGACUUUGUGGAGCAAGAACAGAUUCAGAAGAGAACCUUCACCAACUGGAUCAAUGCUCAACUAUCUAAGAGGAGCCCUCCCACAACAGUGCUGGACCUGUUCUCUGACCUUAGAGAUGGGGCUCGCCUCCUUGACCUGCUCGAGGUGAUGAGCGGCCAGCGCAUGAAACGGGAGAGGGGCCACGGGUUUUUCCAGCACAGGGGUAACAUUCAGACGGCCUUGAACUUCCUCAAGAAGAAAUCGGUUAAACUGGUGAACAUCAACAUCCCGGACAUCAUCGACGGACGCCCCUCCAUCAUCCUGGGCCUCAUAUGGACCAUCAUCCUCCACUGUCACAUUGAGGAGCUGGCCAGCACACUGUCCUUCAGCUCACGGCACUCUUCCUUGGACUCCCUGGCCAGUCUGGACUCUCGCUCCAGUAGCCCUGCCCUGGGAAGCCCAACCCCGGUUAGUCCUGCCCCUCGCGGGCGAGCUUCGCCCCUCCACACCCGCUUCCGCGUCUCGGCCAAGAAGGCCCUGCUGAUGUGGGUCCGAGACCAGUGCAAAAGGGCUGACUGCUCCCUCAGUGUCAAGGACUUUAAGUGCAGCUGGCGCAGUGGGAUGGCAUUCCUGGGCAUCCUGUGUUCUCUGAGACCAGACCUGGUGGACCUAACUCAGGCCCAAUCUAGAAGCAACCAGCAGAACUUGGAGGAGGCCUUCCGUCUGGCUGAGCAGGAGCUACACAUCCCCCGUCUCCUGGAGCCCCAGGACAUUGACGUGAAAGACCCAGAUGAAAAGUCCAUCAUGACCUACGUGGCCCAGUUCCUGCAGUAUUCCAAUGACCUCCCCACACCACCUGACGAUGAUGACCUGCAGCUGUUCACCCAGGCCCAGCCCCCCUGCCUUUCUCCUAUCAAUCUGCCCUCUCACUUCACCCCUGCCAUCGCUGUCUCUCCCCUGCACCAGGCCUCACCCAAUCAAAGGGCCCGGGAGGUGACCUGCUGGCUACAACGGGCCUAUCAGGAGCUGCUAGAGGUGUGGGCCUCCACGGAGAAAAAAGCCUAUGCAGAGCGGUAUCAGGCAUUCCAGGCAUUUACGGUCUCCUUCACUGAGCAGCGACGGCCAGUGAUGCCCCUGUUGGGAGCCAUGCGACGCUGCCCAGAGCCCAGCGAGGAGCAACGUGCCCUAAGAGCAGCCUGGGACUGCCUGGAAGAGAAGCUGCGACAGUGUAAGGCUGAGCUGGAUACGUAUCUUCCUGCUCCAAUGGACUUUGUAGGGGCGUGGCUUCACCGUAUGGAGGCAGUACUAUCUGAAGAGGGAGGAAAUGCUCAGGACCACGCCUGUGCUGCCAAAGAAGCAAGAGUCAAACAGGAAAAACUCAAGAAUUCAAUGGUUGAGUUGAGCAGCCACCUCAACAUCCUUCACACAUUCUGCAACCAGGCUGAGACCGGUGCUGUACUCGUGCCUGUGGAGAAGUUAGACGAAAUCAAGAGACGUUUCACCAACGCUCGUGUCACGGCUAAGUACCACGGGAUCAAACUGGAAUACCGGGAGCACUGGCACACCGUCCUGGAUCUACUGGCUCGAAUUGGUGCCAAGUUACGCUCCUGGAAAGGGCCCUACAGCUCCCAGGAUGCAGUGCGUCUGCUCCUACAGGACUGGCAUGACACAGUGGAUCGCCAAUGCCUAGUUUCUCAUCUGAUGGAUGCCCUCCAAAAAUUGAAACAGACAGCCAGCACUUACACAAGCAAGGCAGCUCUGGGUGAGGAUGCCCAGCUUGUCAGUAGGCAGGUGAAGGAGGCAGAGAGUGACACGGCCACGAGCACAGAGGAAGUGGCGGCAGUGAAAGGCACCAUGGGACGUGUGUUGAGUACCUGGGAGGCCUACAGCAAGAAUCUUCCUCCCCUACAGACGUGGCUGGCUCAGGAGUCACAGUCACCUAUACAGUCCUCUGGGACAGAGGGGACAUCCCAGCAGGUGUCUCAGUGGAGCACCCUGCAGGCCUACCUGAACGAGGUGGGUAACUUCCUCAUCGAGGUCACAGACCCAGCUACCAGCAAAGCCCUGGUAGCGGAACUUAGAAAGCUGAACAUGCAGUGGGCCGACUACAUGAAGAGGACUAUGUUUGAGGUAUCGAACCAGCCCAGUGCUGGUCCUCUGAGCAUCCAGGCGGUUCAGGCUCUGGCCCAAGAGGCAGGCUGGGUGCUGAGGGAGCACCUAGAGGUGGAGUCUGUCCCACUGAAAGCCUACAAGAAGAGGGUGCAGCUUUUGAGUAAGAAGAUAAUGCAGGUGGAUUUGGGUUCUCUCAGCCCAUCCCAAGACUUCCCUGUGGACAAAGUGGAAAAACUCAGACAUACACUCCCGGAGGUUUGGCAGGCGCUGGUCAGAGCGGAAAGGACAUGCAGUGAUCUACAGAGGGCCACGUCCAUGUUAGAGGGCCGUUUGGCCGAGCUGAGUCACUGGGGGACCGAAGCCCUGGAGGUUCACCAGCACCUGGAAGAGAGGAAACCUGGAAGAGAGGCCAAAGCACUGAUCUCUCGUGGCCUGCAGCUUGAGGGCCAAGUGGUGACAGAGGGGCAGGACCUGCAAGUCCUGGUGGAGAAAGCACAGACGAACUCCCCUAUUCAACACCUCAAUGCAGCUGCUUUGGAGGACAGAGUCACAGAAGCGGUUGCCCAGGCUCAGGAAAUUGUGGAGAUGCUUAGCUCCCUGGGGUCGAGGCGAGCUUGGGUGCCGGCGGGGGAUGAGCCACCACCCAAGGUGCUAGUCCGCUGGUACUCACUGCCAGAGACCCAGAGGGGUUCAUUUGCAGCGGCCACAGCCAAGAGCAAGAGUGACCUACCAUCCCACGCCAAGCUUGCAACUCAGACACCCCCACAUUGGCGGCACACAGAACCCCAUAGCCCACUGCAAGGGGACCGUCUACCCCAGGCCAUCAGCCAGCAGACAGCCACCACCAAGGCCCUACCACAAAGUCAACCUCACACUCAGACCCCAACACAGCCUCAGCCGGUGGGCCUCACUACAUCUCAGGUUCAGACUCAAAACAAACCUCAAACGCAGCAAACUCAAACUCCCAUUGAACCACGAGUUCAGCUUCUGGCCCAAGUUCAAACAUACGCCAAAACCAGUGAAACUCAACCUUUGAACCAAAGUCACGAAGAGCAAGAGCAGCAGCCUGUGGGUCAAUCUUUGUACCAUGAUCCCACGGUGCCCCAAACCCAGUCUGAACCAACUCAAAAACAGACCCACAUCCCCAAAUUCAGAGUUAAAGGCCAACUGAGGACCCAGAACCCUCCUCAACAGGGUAGCGACCAAGCCUCUCCACACCCACCGUUCAUGGUCCAUAGCGAGAUCUACUCGAAAGCCAAGGCGAUGGCUAGGAGCAGGCUGGAGAAGGCCAAGUUUCGCUUGCAAGAGAACAUCCAGGAAGCCAUUGUACUCUUCAGUGACCGAGAGAUGUCUGACUGGCAAGCCAAGAGAAAAGAGAGGGCCUUGGGUGCUUUGAGGCCCGCCAUCCUGGAGGAGUUCCUGGGGGCCGCUGAGGGUUUGGGGGCCCUCUGCUCUGGGGCCCAGCUCCAAGCUGUGAAGCUACUGUCUCUUUCAGUCAGGAGCCAGUGGGAGGCUGUGCAUUCAGAGAUGACUGCCUUUUUGCCACUCUUGUGGUCUGAGAUCAACGGGGUGCGGUCCCUUAACCCCACUGUUAUGAGAUGUGACAUAUACACUACUAACACUGAGCGAGAUGCCACUGACCCUGAACCUGUGUACAGACAACAGGCAUGUCUACCCACAGCGGGCAGUGCGACACUGAGGGGUGCAGAGCGCCUGGAGGCCCUCAGGGAGCUGUGUGAGACCCUGGCUCCGGAAAGUGCCCCCAGCAGAGCUGCAGUCCAGCGAAGGGAGUCAGGGGGAGGGAAGGAGAGCAUGCUGCCGCAACUGCAGCACGGUGCCACAGUGCCCCCGCAGGACAGCAGGGGGUGCGAGCCUGGAGAUCACACCCUGCUGAGCGAGACUGGCCAGCAGGCUGGCCCACAAAAGCAAAGCCAGGAGCUCCCACAAAAGCAAGCUGGACACCGCUCUCAGGCUCUGCAAGACCAGAACCAAACCCAACUAAAACAGGACCGCCCACUGCAAGUCCAGGGUCUCCCACUGCAGACCCCGGAACACCCACUCCCAGUCCAAGAUCGCCCAUUGCAUGUCCAGGGCCGCCUACUGCAAGUCCAAGGGGGUCGUUUAAUGCAUGUCCAGAAAAGCCAUCAACAAGGCCCAAAUCACACUCAGAUGAUCAUCAGGGGCGAUAGCGUGGAGACCGAGCAGCCAGCACCUGAACGGACAGUCAUCCCGGCCGCUGCCACCACCCCCCCACAGGAAGAGGGGUCGUCAACGCAGGAAGUGGUGGAGAGGUACAGAGCUUCCCGUUCAGCCUUCCAUUCACAGCUCCAGAGAAACAGACAGAGUCUGGAGAGAGAGUUUCAGCCCGAGCCAGUCACCACCUCUGCCCUGCACAGCCACAUCAAGGAGCUACAGGCUCUUAAGCAGGAGACUGAGGUGCUGUGGUUUGAGUUUGAGCUGCAGUCCUCCCAGGUAUCGCAGCAGCAGAUUGCAGAGGGAGGUAGACUGGAGGGGGACAGUGAAGGGGCCAAGCUCGUUCAGCAGUGGAGAGGCCAGCAGAUCUGCCUGCAGACCAGAAUGGCUUCUCUGGCCACCACCGUGGAGCUGAUGGAAUCAGCAGACUCUCAGAUAUCACUGAUCUCAGACCAGCUUGACCGCAUCACCAGGCAGCCCAUAGCUAUCUCACUCUAUGGGCUGACUGAUCCCUUGACUGUGGCUGACUUUAAGGAAAUGGACCAGCGGCUCCACGCGGAGCUGAAGUGCGUGUCGGGGCAGACCUCCGAGGGGGAGUCCCUAGACCCCUCUACACCCCCACCCCUGUGCCACCGCCUCCACCAGCUCAGAGAGACACUAAAGAGGGUGCGCUCUGCCGCCGGGGCCCUUGAUCGCUUUCUAGCCCAGAUACGAGAAGCCGAUGCUGGGAUACAGGCUGCGCUGGUUCCCUUGGACCACUGGCAACAUGGAGAUGGUGCGACCCGGGCCCGAGGCAGGCAUUCCGGGCUGCUGUCUAUCCGGCAGAGUGUGAGGAAGUACGAAGAAGAAGCCGGGAGCGUGGAUGGUCUACUGGAGGCAGCCGGAAUGGAGUUGACGAUGGAAGGUGCUGCUGUCACUUGUCGUGACACAGUGGCAGCGUUGUCACAGCGACUGGAUGAGGCAGACCUCGAGUUGGCCGGAAGCGGAAUUGGGAGGGGGCAGAAGCAGAAGGAGGAGGAGGAGCUAAGCCUUAAAGGGUGGGGGAAAGGGGAGGGGCCUGACAUGCAGAGGAGGGGAUUGGAACAAAAGGAAGAUGAUGCGUUCCAAAGAAAGAGAGGGCAGGAACAGGGGGUAGGGCCUAAGGCCCAAAGAAGGAGGGAAGAGGAGGAAUCAUCGGGCCUUAGGAGGAAGGGCCAGGUGGAAGGGAAAGAGGGGGAGGAGAAGAGGAGUUCAGGCCAGAGGAGGAUGGCCCUAUUGGUGGUCCUGAGGGAGAUUCAGAGGGCAGUGGAGCAGCAGGGACUGAAGGAGCCGACACUCCCUGCGGUGCAGCACAGGAUGCGUGCAUUGGCAGACCUGGAGGGGCGUCUGGCUGCGCUGCGCUUUGAGCUGCAGAGUCUAGAGACUGCAGACCGCGCUGCUGCGCAAACGACACCCAACCCCGAGAGGGGUGGAGCCACACAGGAGCUGGAGACAUUGUGGGAGGAGACCCAUAGAGCCAUUACAGAGAGGCUGGAUUGUUGUGGAAGUCUAACAGAAUUACUGAAGAGGUUCCAAAUGGUACACAGUCGUCUAAGCAGCACCUUACAGAGGGCCGAGCGCACCAUCAGUGAACAGGCCUCGUACAUGGGCAAAGACAACCUACAGAGACUCCUCACUAAGGUCCACAGCACCAAGGCAGAGUUGAGUGGUCUCGGGGAGGGAGUGGAGGAGAUGCGAGGCGUCUGCAAGCAGCUGCAGACUCAGCUGCGCCAAAUCCUUGACUGCCCUGAAACUCCAUUUGAGGCCGAGGCUGACACCCUGAUGGACCGCUGGCUAGAUGUGACAGAGAGGACGGACUCUCACCUGGACAACCUACGCAUGGGGCUGGACCUGUGGGAUGGGCUGCUGCAGCUGGGCGGAGAGGUGGAGAGCUGGACCAGCCAAAAAUUGGCCCACUUGGUGCAGUCACACCCCUUCCACAGCGAACAAGAAGUCACAGCCAUGCAGGAGGAGAUCCGGGUCCAGGAGGAGAGUGUGGGGCGCUUCCACAGGAGGGCCUCUGAGAUCCAGGUCUUGUUGCAGAGCAAGGAGCCCCCACUGGAGCUUCAGGUGAUCGAGACCCAGAUGAGGAAGAAGAUGGAGCAGGUGAAGGAGCUUUUCUCCGACCUCGGGGAUGUCUACAGGCACCUGGUGGUGGCCAAGGGACAAGUGGCAGCCAAGAUGGCCGAGUGUCACUCCUCUCUUCAGGGCAUCCAGGACUCACUGGACACGCUCAGUGCUGCUGACGGCCCAAAGCUCCUCACACAGAUUCAGGAGCUGUCUGCACAGCUUCAGACACAGGAAAAGCAGGCGGAGGGCCUCCUGGAGGAGCUGCACCUCAUGACCUCCGUGGCCAGCCCACAGAGCUUGCAGAGCCUAGCUGCGGAUGGUGUCCGACUGCAUGAGCUUGUCUGUGCAGCCCAUCAGCACAUUAGUGAAAUGAGGGUGCAGGCCCAGAGCGAUAUCGAGGCCUUGCACAGUCUGCAGGAGGAGUGUGCCCAUCUGCAAGAGUGGUUGCAAGCUGCAGUGCUGAAGGUGGAGAAAGGAGAGGAGCUUAGCCGCUUGCAGGAGGAAAUAGUCGAGCACAGUAAGCACAUAGAGGCCCUCAGUGGACACAUAACCACCUUGCAUGGGAGCACCCUAAAGCAUUCCCCCCUACUAAAAGAGGGUGAAAAACUUCUAGAGCGCUGCUGCAGUCUCCACACCCAUCUGCUUUCUUCCAAGGAGAACCAGAGCUCUCUGUCCAGCCACACCCAGGCCUUCCAGACUCUGGCCCAGGACACCCACGCCUGGGUUAGAGUCUUGCAACAGCAGGCUGACUCUCUGGCCACUGGAGCCCCAUGCUACCACAGCCAGGCUGAGCAAAGACUACAAGCUGCAGAGACUGUGUUGAGUGCCAAGGCAGAGGGAGAGUCUCGAAUGAAGGAGCUGAAGGAAGCAUGCCACAGGCUGGCCCACAGACCGGGCCUGGGAGAGCGUCUGAAACUGGAUGUCAUGCAGACUGUCAGUGACACAGAGGUGCAGUGGGGAGCCGUUCUGCAGUCUGCAGACCAACACCGCAGUCUCCUGCAUGGUGAGCCCGAGCUCUCCUCCUCUCUUCUGGUCCAGAGGCAGCAGGCCUGGUCCAGAGUGGACCAGCUCCAGCACCAGACUACCCAGCUCUCCCUGUUCUUUCCCUGGCCCGGCCUGGCCCAACACAGGCAGGCUGCCCAACAGGCCCGGGCACUACUGGACCAGGCCACAGCCUUGGGGCCGGCUUUCUCUGCCUUAGGGGCCCAGAGGAAGGAGCUAGCCCAGCGCACCAAGGACCCCAAUUGGGAGGACCCUUCCUGGACUACACUAGAGGAUUGCCAACCCGCCUUGGUCAAAAAGCUCCAUGGAAUUUGUGUGAGUCUUGAGGGAGGCGUCCGUAACGAGGAUCGCUGUGGCCAGCUGGUGCAGGAGUGCCGGCACACCUUGAACUCACUGCAGGAACGGAUGCUGGGUAUUGAGUCCCAGCCCAGAGACUCUAGUUUCCUGGAGACUGAUACAGGGGCUGUGGAGGCUUUGCAGGAGGCCAUGGGCCACAUGGAGAAAGACUUUGUGGAGCUCGAGUCUCUUAAAGACAUCCUGCUUGCCAGCUGCACCACCAAGGGUCAGGCCACUCUGUCUCAAGAGGUCAAAGAUCUCCAGGACCAGAAGGAGGAGUUAGAGAGGGGCGUCAGCUGGCUGGCUCAACUACAGGCAGAGGAGCAGUUAGCCCGACGAGACCAGCGAAUCAGGGAGGAGGUUGACAACCUUCAGAGGGCCCUACAAGGCUCGGCUGAGCAUUUGGGGGACGACCCGGAAACGACCGAAGGAUUCACUGAUAUUAGGCAGCUCCAGCAGCGCUGGCACGUCCUACAGGACUGUGACCAAAGCCUGAGGGAGCUUGCGGCACGGCUUCAUCAUCUGGAGAAAGCAGUAGGGUCAGAGGACACAUAUGGAGAAUUUCAAACCGAUGUGACUUUGGCUGUGGAUUCAGCGGCCAAAGACUUAGACAGCCUGUGUUUCUCUCUACAUGAACGAAUGCAGCUUUUUUCAGGCGGCACAGCCCUUAGAAUGUCUGGGGCGAUCUGUGAACUGCAGCAGUGGAACCAGGCAGCACAGUCAAAUCCCCGAAAGUCUGUACAGGCUACACUGAACAAUGGGAAGCAACUCCAAGGGACUCUACGUGAGGCGCUGUCACAGCUAGACUUCCUAUUGGACUGUAUCGGAAGGGAGCGCGUGGAGCAGUUCGAGAGAAGAGCUGGACAGGCCCUUAGCAACAGUGCAGCUCUCCUCACAGCCCUAGCCCAAUCCCAGGUGUCCCUAGUGAGCACAGAGGUGGAUGGAGACAUUAAGAAACCAAGCAACACACCUGGCAAAGCGCCAUCUUUCAGCGCGGCAUCCCUUUUGUCACAACCUGUAGAGAUAGUGACUCCAGGCGGGAUCAAACCUCUUCAGGCUAAUAUUGACUCAACGAAAGAUCUGCAAAAAGAGCAGGCUGAAAGCAGAGUGCAAAGCAAAAGAGCCAUUACCAGAGGAACAAUGGAUGCUGUUAAAGAACCUACCAAGAAAGUGAUGAGCGACACUGAACAAAGAGCAGAGGACCUAGAAUACGGCAAAGACUCAUUGAAGGGCUGGAGCAUCCAGCCAGCAGAGAGAAUGGUCACAGACAUGGAGGAUGGGGAGAGUCAAAUACAAAUUCCCAUGGGAGAAACCUUAACCCAAACUCCCAUCACCCGCGUUGAUAUCUCAGCCACUGUGGUGGUGCCAGAGACCCCGGGCUCUAGCCAAUGUGGGGAUACUGUAACAGAGAUGACACCUCACCAUAUAGAACCAAUGGAUCGAGAGGGAACCUCACCUCCGACACCGCACAAAGUGUUCACCAUCGUUCUGGACACAGACCUCGAACGACAACUUGAUGGCAUGUCUAUGGCCAAUGCUCUCCAAAGCAGACCAGGUUACCAUGGCAACAAUGCUAUUGUACAUACAGACUCACCUCAACCUGGUGACGGUGAGAUUCCAGCUACUGAGUCACAUGACGAUGCAAACACUGCAGUUGCAUAUGCUGGGAAAUUUCUUGUUCAGGAAGCUGAGACUCUACAUUGUGAAGUCACUUCCUCGACCAAAGCUGAAUUGGGCAUUAAAAGCAGUGUGGGGCUAGAUGUAACACAUCUCAUGCCGCAUCCAGAAAGAAAGCAGCUGGAGACGCAUGCAAGACCCACAGACAAAUCACAGUCAGAUAACAAAACACAACGCACAGAGUCUAGAGACUGCACUGAGACAAAGAAAGUAUUUACAAUUGUUUUGGACAUGGAGCUACCUCUGUCUCAGUCCAAGGACAUUCAAAGCAGGGAGCCUCCUUGUGGUAAUGGCUCAGAUACAUUUAGCUCUGGUGACUUUCCUUCAAAACUGACUGAUAGUUCUGUCACUGGGAACACCAAGAACACAGAUGGCGGGCGGCGCAUCAAGUCAAAGCACAGGGGGCGGAGGAGGGCUGAUUUUAGGAGCUCAGCGUCCAAGGGCCCCAAAGUGAAGAGUUCCAAGGGCCCCUCUGCUGCAAAGAACACGGAAUCAGAGUGGGAGAAAUCGCAGGGCCCCAAAACAAAAGGUCUGAAAUCAAAAGGCCCCGAAUCAGGGCUCACAGAGUCUAAGUCCGCUGAAUUGGCAGACACCGAAUUCGAGUCACAGAGACACACUGAUAUCUCUGACAACACUGAACCAGGAAGUGUUGACGAUGACGUAGACACAGACGCUAAAGAUGCCAGACAGACAGAAAUGACAAACAGACAAAUAGCUGUAAACACAGAAGCAUCUGACAGAAUGAAGGAGACUUCAGACAUCACCUGUACUACAGACAGCAAAGAUAACAGACAGAUUGUGAGCAAAGACACUGGAAAGAUAGACACAACUGACAUGCUACAGGUGAAUGAUCUCACACAGACAGAUGUCAGUCAGACAGAUGCCACAAGAGACAAUACACAGUUGUCACACGCACCUUCACCAGCAUAUGCAGCCACAGAGAUUGAGCCCAGAGAGGGGACAGAAAGGACAGCUCCACAGGAACAGAUGCAGGAGGGGAGUGAAGUCAAGAGGAGUACCUCGGUCCAGACUGGUGGGUUGCUAUCCGAAGCCGUGGCGAAGGUGGAGAGAGUUGGGGGAGCGGUGCGCCCGGAGGUCCCGUGCCACAGGUCCACUAUGCAAGGCAUCCUCUCUGAGGUCCAAGGGUUGGUGGAGAGGAAGGACAUCAUCAAGGGAGGCCAGUGGAUGGAGGCGGCUUGGUACCUGCAGCCUUCGCCCAGAAAGCCAGAGAUCCAAAUAGGGCGCACUGUCCUCAGGGUUCUAGGAUGCCGCUACCAGCCAGCCCAGCUCAACCCUGCCAACAUGGCCCAGCAACUGACGGAGGCUGAGGACUGCAGACGCUACGUGCUUGAGCAGGUGGCUGCGAUAAAUCAUGUGGUCGUUGUCCCAGAGGACGCAACAAAUCUGGAGGGGCGAUGGAGUGCAGCCCUGUUGGAUGCCUCGGCCACAGUGCAGGUCAAAGAGGCUCAGCUCCACCUGGUCACACAGUACCACAGGCAGACUCAGGCCAUCCGGAGCAUUCUGGAGAGAUGGGCAAGCGAGAUGGAUGAGCUACAAUUGGACACUCGAAGCAGUGCGCUUCAGGCUGAAAAACUACAUACUCUGUUAUGUAACAUUGAACAGCAGAAGGGCAUGAUGGGGGAGCUGCUCCAGGUGUGUUGCCAGGUGUCUGCCCACCUGAGUGAAGUCGAGGGGUCAGGGGCACUCCUCGCUCAGCUAGGGGAUCUGCAGGAGGAGUGGAGGCUUUUGGAGGGGGCUGGGAAUAGAAGCCUGAGGCAUGCCUCAAUUGGUUCUUCUCAGUCCUCUAUCCUUCUACAAAAGGCUGAGCAGCUGCAUUGCAAGCUUGAGACUCUUCAGAAGUCCAUCACCCUCUUACAGUCCUCUCAAUUGCAGCAUGACACUCACAAAGCUUUAGUGCUGACCUUUAUGACUGCUGACUUGAAAGCCUUCAACCAGCAGUACCUACACCUGCUGGGGCAAUCAGAGGAUUUUGCCCAAUUUUCUCUUGGGCAGAAGGAGAAGGAGGAUGUGGAGUGUACUCUUCAGAGCUUGAGCUCCUUACUUGCCUCCACUCAGACGUUGCUCUCUGCUCAGUCAUACUCUAUAGCAAAACCCUCCUUGGCUAAAAUCAUGAAGCAAAUGCAGGACUUGAUUAUCUGGGCCAAGCAUGCAGAAAACCACAUCGCAACAGGUGAAAAGGUAGCCCUCUUCCCUGAAGAGGUCCGUCUCCAAAUUGGCAGCAUGAGGAAACUUCAAUCUGAGAUUUUGGCAAGGCAUUCCAGGGUGCACUACAAAGUUGAGGACCUGAAAGAACUGAUUUCGGAUGAAGGGGAAAUUGACAAAGUGCUGUCAUCACUGAAGACCUUGAAGGACCUCUAUGAAACAGUCUCAGAUAACUCUGCUCGUAUUCUGAAGGAAAUGGAAGCUGUUUUGGAGGAAAGAGAGAAGAUGCUGGUCCAGAUCUCAAAAGUGAACACUUGGCUAGCAGUGGCACACCAUGAGAGAGAGGUCACCGCAGAUGUAGAGAAUAUGUCCAAAGACACCAUCCCAGAUCUGGAAAGCAAGCUGCAGUUUCACAUCGGUGCCAUCAAGGAAGCAGAAAGACAGCUGGCUGUCACGGACGCCCUUUUGGAGACCUGCAUGGAGGUUUCUUCGGGGUUGAGUCCAGCAGAGAGCCACUUUCUUGUCAACAGGCUCACAGGCCUCCGGACCGAGGUGGACGGAAUGGUGGCCCACGAGAAAGCAGCCCACUGGGAGCUGGAGGAACUGCUUCACACCCGGACUUCUUCGGCCGAGGAACUGGCGGCUGUCCAGGUGAGCGUGCAACAGAUAUGGGCCGACCUGGAGAGGCAGAGGUUCCCAGUGACAAAGGACUCCCUAUCUGCCAUAGAGCCCUUGACACACAUGCUCCUGGAGCACCAAUGUCAGAUCCAGGAACUCCAGUACUGCCAAGAGGACCAGAAAAGUGCCCUCUUGCAUACCAUUGGCGAACUGCAAGAGAAGGUGAAAACUCUCCACCACCACGCCCUGGAACACGAGAAGUACCUGACCUACCGGCAGCGCAUGGAAUACUCCAGGGAGGUGGCAAAGGAGCGUGCUCAGUGCUCCAAAGACAAGAGAUUCAGCGUGGGGGAAAGGUUCAGUCUUUGCCAGGCUCUCCUGGUGGAACUUCCGCUGGUGAAGACCCAGUGCCAGGAUGCUUCCGACCAGCUCGAGGCCAUCGCCCAAGACCUGCACCUAUCGGAUAGAAUGUUGCUUCUGUCGGAGAGGCAGAGGAUCCAGCAAACUGUUGAAAACCUAGCCUCCUGGGAGCUUGCCAUCACUGACGACGUCAAAAACCUAGAGGGAAAGCUUCUGGAGGGUCUCAGAUUCUGCACCGAGCUUCCUGCCAUGAUGGACCUUCUUCAACAGGUCAGGCAGGAGCUGAUGGAGUCUGACCCGGUGAAGCCAGACGUGAGGGCCAUCAACAUAGCGCUGCGGAGGUGCUGGGUGAUCUGGAGGAACGUAGAGUCUGUCAUGCGGGUGUUGGAAGCUUUGAGGCAGAGAGAGCAAGUGGAGAUGAGCCAGUGUGGGGAGCUGCACACCCUGAGGAAUGACGUUGUGCAGAAGUGCCACGCAUGCAUGGAGAAUUUGUCCCAUGCUCGGGAAGCCCUGAAGGAUUACCACUGGGCUGCCCAAGGAGUGGUAACCUUCCUCCUCGAAGCCGAGGCCAUGUUCCUGGCACCUCCAGGCGGAUUUGUGGACUGCACAGAGGAGCAGUGGCACACCCAAGAGCCCCUAGCCUCCCUGGGGGAGAGCCUCCAGGCGCAAAUCAGCCAUCUCCUGGAGCUGGCACCCCAGCAGGCCUGUCUCUCUUUCCCCCAGAGCGAGCAGCUCCACAUCCAGGUCCUGAGCCACCUUUUGGUGGAGAGGGCCGCACUCGAGGCCCAGGUUGAGCUCAGGACAGAGGCCUUGCAGAGGUGUGCAGACAGACAAAGCCUCCACAAGAAGUGUCAUGAGGAGGUAUGGCAUAUCCUGAAGAAAAACGAAUCAAGGCUCUCUGAGUGUGCUGCCCAGGAAGUGACAUCCUACGCCAACUGUGCUGACCAACAGGAUAGAGCCAAGACCCUGUCGGAGGAGGUGCUGUCUAUAGCUGGGAAGCUGGAGGAGCUGAGGGCGGUGUGCCCACUGCGUGGGUGCUGUGUGGGCUCCGAGGGGGCACUGGGUGCCCUCUGGAGGCGCUGGGCGGCACUGCGGCGCGGCAUCAGCCUCCUCCGGACACGCUUGGAGCAGAGAGGGGUGGAGUGGAGGGAGGUCACCAAGAGCAUGGCUCAAUGCAGCAGUGCUCUGGACAAGCUGCAGGGUGAGCUGUCGGACCCCACUGCAGUAAGCUCCACUCAGGGGGCCCCGAUGGUUCUGCUAGUGCAGACGGAGCAGCACCAGGCUGGACUAGAGCGGGAGCAGCGAAUCCUGGCGUCCCUGGAGCUCCGCCUCUCCCAGCUCCUGGGUGUGUCCAGCCCUCAGGAGGCUGCUAGCCCUGUCCCAGUCUGCCAACAGCUGAGGGACAUGCAGGAGUGCUUUAGGAGCCUAAGAGAGCGGAGCAUGCUGGUCCGGAGUGCGGCGCUGUCAGAGGAGCAGGAGAGGGAGCGCUUGCAAGAGCAGAUCGGAGAGGUGGAGCAGCGAGUGGCUACCCUGCUCUCCAUUCUGGCUUCCCACCCCAGCACACGCCAACUAAAGGAGGUCAGAGUGGAGUUGGGUUCCCUGAGGGCCAGGUUACAGUCCAUCAUGGAGUGUGUUGGGACAAAGUAUGCCGCUGUUACACCUCCGGAGGUGGAGAGACAGCUGCAGAAAGUCACUGGCUCUCUGCAGGACAUGGAGGAAAAGGUUGGCCAAGCCCUGGAGAAGAGCAGCCCACUCAAUAGGCUGAGUAGCAGAAUGGGGGAGAUCCGUGUUGGGCUAGAAGAGGUCCAGACAUUGCUGCAGCGGAGGAGCUCCUCUGUGUCCGAGGCUGAACAUGUGCUAAAGUUCGUAUGGGACCAGCUGGACCAGUGGCACGGCCGGCUGGCCCUCCUGGAGGGCGAGGUGCAGGAAGCAGCUGAGGAGGAGCCGGAGCAGGCCCAACUCCUCAUGGACCAGAUCACCCAGCCACUUCAACUCUACCAGGAUACGGCCCAGAAGGCUGAGCAGCGCACUGCCUUCCUCAGCAAGAUCCCUGCCUGCCUCCAGGAGUAUAAUGAUAUAAUCCAUAGUGCUGGCUGCUGGCUUGACGAAUCCCAGUCCUGGCUAGACGCUCCCAGCACCUACACCACAGCCAGGAGCCUCCAGAGCCAGACCAACACACUGCAGAUGGUGCUGGAUGACUCGGAGCGUAUCCGGGCCACUCUGGUGGGCUUCGGGCCUGUGUUGGGGGAGAUCUCUGCUGUGUGUCACACCACUGCUAUGGAGGAUAAGCUAGUCCAGACCGAACACCAAGUCACCGCCAUGCAGCAUAGCAUCAUGGGGCCAUUGGACCAGCUGCUGCACGUCACUCCGGAAGUGGAUGCCAUUGAAGCAGAGGUGAAGACGAUGGAGAAAAAUGUGACCAAGAUCAGAGCUAUUUUAUCCUCCGCUGAUACAUUGGACAUCUCACUUGAAGAACACCUCCACAACCGGCAGGUAAUCCUGGCCAACAUCCAGUCUAUGCGGAGGACAGUGGGGGAGAUCGAUGGCUGUAAGACUGAACUGGGACUACCUCAGGGCGCAGAAGAGACACUGAGUGUCUUCCCCAGAGCUGUGCUACUCCUACAGCCCCUCCAAGAGUUGGAACAGCUGACACAGGAGCAGAGUAGAGCGUUGGAGGGCAACAUGCGUGAAGUAAGGGAGGCUGAGGGGGUCAUCCCAUCAUGCAAUGUGUGUGUGACAACAGAACCCAGUGGCCUUAUCUUAUGCACACAUCAACGGAAUACGGGUCCACCGCGGAUCACCGGACAUCAGGAGGAUGCCUCAGAAGCAUGCCUCUCUGAGGAAGAGGAGGAAUACGAGGACGAAGAUCAUCACUCAUCAUCCUCUGACACACUCACAUGCAGUUUUCCUGAGGACCCAGACGAGACUCUUAGCCACCAGGAGCUGUCAGAAUCAGUGGCUACAACCACCCAAUGGCUCCAGGUUAGUGACGCUAUGUCUGAAGCCCACACCGCUGCUGUCACUAAGGAGUUGGACACUCCAGAGUCUUGUGUCGACCCAGAAGACACUAAUUCUGGUUUAAUAUCUGAGAAGAUCCAACCAGCACCUGAAAAAACAGACCAAGCACCUGCAGACACCCUUUCGUUACCGGCUCAGUGGAGACCCAUCUCCAAGACCACUAUAUCAGAAAACAAGGCGACAGAAUCAGUCAGUAAGGACAUUAACAAGAAGACUUUGUCAGUAACCGAGAAGUCUGAAUUAGUAACCAAGGCAACUGUCUCAUUGCCUGAAACUAGUUCAGUGACCAUGGAGACUGGACCAGCAUCUGUAAAAAGUGUCUUGGCAACCAAAGAAACUGGAGAAGUACCUGUGAAGAUUGGAUCAGUAGCCAAAGAGAUACAAUCAGUACCUGAGACUACUUCUGUAACAAAGAUGACUGGGUCAGUAACCAAGAUGACUGGGUCAGUAACCAAGGAAAUUGGGACAGUUGCCAUUGGUCAGUUGCCAGAUACACCCAGCAACCCCCAGGAAGACCUGGAUGGGAGAUGGGACCUCCUUCACACUCGGCUGUCUGAGAAACUCAACACCUUGAGGAAUAUUCAGGAGGAGGAUCUACAUGCGGCUACAGGGUCAAGGGCAGAGGGGACCGGCGGUGGCUUUGGUGGUCUGAGAGAGAUAGAGGUGUGUGCUGCAAGCCUUAGACAACUCAGACACAGAGCAAGUGGCCUUUCCUCUGCCAAUUCAAAGGAAGAUGGCUAUCCCAUGUUGGAUAGAGAGCUCUACACAGCUCUGUGUGGAGUGGAGCAUUCUCUGGAAACACUCACUGGCCUGUUGCUCAGUCCCUCUAUUACCACUGUGGAGGACAGUCAACGAAGACUGCUACAGAUGGAGUGCCUCUCGGUGGAGCUGCCGGCCUUGGGUGAGGAGCUGAACCAUUUAAGGUCAGGCAUCAUCCCAGACCAGUUGUCUGAAGCACCAGAGACCACAGCCCAGUGUGUGACCUGUCUUCAGGGUUGUUUUCAAACAGCCCAGUCAGCCCUCACCUCCUCACUGAGCCGGCUACACACAGAACUGGGCCACAGUCAGGCAGGGACGGAGCAACAGGAGAGCCACGUGUGCGUGUAUGAUGAUUUUGAACGUGGACAGAGUGACCCAUUCACACACAUCAAGGAUGUCCUCAUGCUGGAGUAUGUCGUUGGUCGGUGUCCCGAGGAAGCAGUGGAGCUGCAGCGGGUGUCCCAGGCCCUGCUGCAGGGUUUGGCCAGUCUGGUGGAGCUAGGCAGAGAGCGUCUGGCAGACAGUCAGGACCACCCACCGCACAGCCGAACCCAGCUGACUCUGCUCAGCAGGCACAAGAAGUUGUACCAGAUUAUGGAGUCCCAGCUGGCGUUGGUGCAGCGGCUGUUCCAGUGUGAGCCACAGGGGGGGCUGGUUGGUCAGGAGGAUGAACAGGUCCGGCUGGAGCAACAGGUCACCACUCUGCAGCAACAGGCUCUGGAGCAGGGAGCCACCAUGCACAGAAGGCUUCAGGUCUGGACACAGUGGGAGGAGGGCUGUGUUCAGCUGGGCCGGCUGCUGGAGGAGCUGGAAGCCCUCAUCCCCUGCGAGGGUCCCGUGGAGGAAGAAGAGGGGCUGCUACAGGAAAGACUGGACACCUGUCAGCGAGUGCUGGCCCUGUUGGAGGAGUGCAGGCCUGCCCUGGGCUCGGUCCUGGACCAGGGGAAGGCUCUGCAGGCCUGGGGAUGCAGUACCGGGGUCGGCGGCACAGGAGGCGUCCUGGAGCUGCGCUGGCGGGCUGUCCGCAGCAAGGCAGAGCAGGAGAGCCAACGCAGCCGUGACAUAAGGGACAACUGGACCAGGUUCCACAACGACUCUGUGUCGCUCACUGGAUGGAUGGGCAGUGCUAAAGAACGCCUGAAGACAUGGACAAGUCUGCCCGACGCCACACCUCAAAACGAGGAGCUCACCUGUACUUACCUCAUCCAACUACUGGAGUUUUCAGUGGAGCUGGUAACCAAGUCCGCUGAAAAGGCCUCUGCGCUCAGGGCGGGCACAUUGCUACUGCAGCUGAAGGAGGCUGAUGCACCGGGGCUGCGCAGACAGCUAGAGCAGCUGGAGCAAACUUGGACCGAAGUCACGUCUGCACUUCCCAUAGCCCAGGAGAGACUGCACCAGCUCCUGCUGGAGAAGUGGCCACCAUGCCAGGUGUUGUCAGGCCUGGAGGCGUGGGUGAAGGACACAGAAGCCAGGCUGGAGGAGCAGGGACAGGCCACCAUCAAGGCCUGCCAUGACACAGAUCAGCUCAGACACAUAAUCCAAUACUACCAGGGUUGCCAGGCAGGCAAUGCCAGCGGGCAACUCACCCUGGAUUUCCUGUGCCAGUCCGGACUGCAGUCAGUGGCAGCGUCGGAUAACUCUGGCAGCUGCUCUGAGGAGCGCACACUCUUUGCCGAGCGAAUGGGUGCCCUCAACUUAAGCUGGCUCCUCCUAGAAGGGAAGCUGGGCAGUCAAGUGCGCCAGGCUGAGGAGGUGUUCCGCAUCUGCGCAGAAAGAGAGAAGCGACUGCAACGGGUGCUCAACUGGGCUGCGGGGCAGAGAGAGAGGCUGAGGGAGUGGCAGAGACCUGUCAGUCGGACGCAGGUGGACAAGGCCCUGCAGGAGUGGGAGGCCGUGGAGGAGAAACUGAAAGACAUGUGUGUGGAGGUCGAGGAUCUGGUCCGCGACACCUGGUCUGCAGACACAGUCACCCAGGUCUGCACAGACUUCAACCAACAGGUUGGGAGCCUGAGGCCUGAUCUCCAGCGGGUGCUGGUUCAGUGGGGCCAGUUUGAGAAGGAGCUGGGUGAUGUUUCAUUCUACACCACUAAGCUGCGCUGUGGUCUGGAACACAGCAGUGGUCCCUUCCUCUCCUCCCACCAGGUCAAAAGGCAUGUGGAGCAGCUACAGUGCCUCCAGGAGGAGGCUGGGAUGGGGGCGGAGAUAUGGACUGCUCUGGACCAGUCGUACGCAGGCCUGUCGGACGCUAUCAGUCCUGGAGCGGCCCAACUCCUUACUGAGAGACUUGAGGAGGAGAGAACACAGUGGAAGGUGCUAGUACAGGAGGUGGAUGAGGAGCUGCUGAGAACUGGGGAUCUGCUGUCGCUCUGGGAGGAGUACAACCGUCUGUACGACCAAUGCUCCGUCCGCCUGCAACACCACCAGGAACAGUGGGGGGCACUGCUCAGCUUCCUGUCGACACCAUGCCACUCCACACAGGACCUGGUCGAUGCCAUUAAGCAUCAACAGGUUGGCUUUGAGGAUGUUCAAGGCAGUCUGGGCGAAGUCCUGGAAGCCUCCAAGCCUCUGAUUGGACAGGCGAAGCCACUUGUCGCCUCCAUCGUCCAAUCAAAGUCCAUGUUGUUGUCACGUGACCUGGUGCUGCUGGGCCAGGCGUUGUCAGGGAAACGUGCACGGCUUCAGGAUGAUUUGGAUCAACGCCGCACAAUUAGCAGUAGUAUGGAUUCACUGGAGCUGCAGACCGAGGCUUUGCGUCACAUGCUCACUUCUGAUGUCUGCAGCAUGGACAGUGUGAAGACUGCUCUGAUGGAGCUGAGCCAUCUGCGUCCUGCCCUGGAUGACCUCACUGAGGCAAGCCUUUCUGGGACCCUGGAUGGCCUGGAAGCAGAUAGACUGAAGUCCCUGACCAGGAAGUGGGCACAGGCCCUCUACUGCACCUCCCACAUGAACAGAAAAUUGCAAGCUGAUGCCCAGCACGCCCAGAGCCUUCAACAGAAGUGGGACAGCUGGGAGGGCUUCCAGGAGAAGAUGGAGGAGGACUUGGCCCCAGACGUUUCUGGAAACUACUCCGGCCUCCGUGAGCAACUGGCAAUCCAUCAGAGACUCCGGAUUGAAGUAUUGGCUGGGCACCAACUCUUGAGAGGGGUGAUCGUCAACUCAAUGAGGUCAAUUGAAGACACACCAGAGGAGAAAAGUAUUCAACCUACACACAUCACAAGCUGGGAGCAGCACUGGGGCACUUCGGGGCCUGACCUCACCCUAAAGCUCGCCCAGAUGAGAGAGCGAUGGCAGCGGAUUGUUAGUGUGGCACAGCAGCGAAGUAGCCUGGUGCAGGAACGGCUGGGCCAGUGGCGGUUCUACACCCGGGGUGUGAGGAGGCUAGGGGGGCUGCUGAGAGAUGUGGAGACCUUACUUCCUUCUGCUGCUCAGGCCCUCUGCACUCUGCAGCAGCUACCAUGUUCCCUGGAGGACUUGAGGCGUGCUGAAGAGACUCUCGCCCAAAACAACGGCUUCUACAGACACACACUAGAGACAGGCAGGCUGCUGUCCUCCAUGGCAGAGCUACAGACACAGGCCCAGCUACAGACAGAGUUACAGACCUUGCAGGAGUCCUGGGACCACGCCAGGGAGCUACUGGGAGAAAGGAGAAUCCUGCUGGAAGCUGUUAUUCGGAAUUGGGGCCACUUUCAGGUUAGACUAGUCGACAGCGCACACAAACUGGACGAGCUCAGGGACAGGCUGAAGCAACCGCUGCCAGAGAGGCUGGAGGAGCUACAGGGUGAAGAGAAGCUCAUAGAGGAAAACGAGGCCUCUCUGGAGUUGUGGGCUGGUGGAAUGAAGGAGUUGUCCACCAUGAAGACGGAUCUGUCCCAGUACAUCUUGGCCGGGGAUGCUACCCUACUACAAGGACAGGUGGAGCAGCUGCACUGCCAGUGGGAGGAACUCUGUCUAAAGGUAUCCCUACGCAGGCAGGAGAUCGCCGACCGGCUCAGCGCCUGGACCAUUUUCAACGACAAGAACAAGGAGCUGUGCGACUGGCUGACCCAGAUGGAGAACAAGGUGUCGCACAGUGGAGACCUCAGCCUCGAGGAGAUGGUGGAGAAACUGAAGAAGGACUGUAUGGAGGAGAUCAACCUGUUCAGUGAGAACAAAAGCCACCUCAAGCAGCUGGGGGAGCAGCUGAUGCUGGCCAGCGACCAGGCCAAGCAGGCCCAGCUCCACGGCACCUUGAGGGACGCCAGGGACCGCUGGCAGCACCUCUUCCACCACAUUGAGGCCAGGGUGAGGAAGCUGAAGGAGACCCUGGGUAUGGUGCAGCAGCUGGACAAGAACAUGAGCAACCUGCGAUCAUGGCUGUCCCGCAUCGAGACACAGCUGGCUAGGCCCGUCACCUACAACGUGUGUCACCAUGAGGAGAUCCAGAGACGGCUCGCCCAACAGCAGGAGCUGCAGAGGGACAUCGAGCAGCACACGGAGGGCGUGUCGUCCGUUUUGAGGCUGUGCGACAUCCUGCUGCACGACCAGGAUGCGUGUGGUGGUGGCGGCGACGGCGAGAAUGAUUCCAUCCAGCAGACCACCUGCAGCCUAGACCAGCGCUGGAGGGCCAUCUGUGCCAUGUCCCUGGAGAGGAGGCUCAGGAUCGAGGAGACCUGGAGGCUGUGGUGUAAGUUUCUGGAUGACUACUCGCGCUUUGAGGAGUGGCUCAAGGUGGCCGAACGCACGGCAGCCAACCCCAACUCUGACAACGUUCCGUACACAGUCGCCAAGGAGGAGCUCAAGAAGUUUGAGGGCUUCCAGAGGCAAGUGCAGGAGCAUGUGACCCAGCUGGAGCUGGUCAACAACCAGUACCGCAGGCUGGCCCGGGAGAACCGCACCGACGGCGCCAGCCGCAUCAAGGUUAUGGUCCAUGAGGGCAACUGCCGCUGGGAUGCACUGCACAGGAGGACGGCGGCCAUCUUACGCAGGCUAAAGCAUUUUACGGGGCAGAGAGAGGAGUUUGAGGGGACCAGGGAGAGCCUGCUGGUGUGGCUGACAGAGAUGGACCUGCAGCUCACCAACGUGGAGCACUUUUCUGAGACAGACACGCAGCACAAGAUGAAGCAGCUCAACUCCUUCCAGAGGGAGAUCACCCUCAACACGGAGCGCAUCGACAGGCUGAUUGUGUUCGGUGAGGGCCUGAUCCAGAGGAGCUCUCCGCUGGACGCCGCUCUCAUCGAGGACGAGCUAGAGGAGCUACACUCCUACUGUCAGGAGGUGUUUGGCAGGGUGGUCCGCUUCCACCAGCGCCUCUCGCAGCCACCGGUGUUGAAGGAGGAACCGGAGCUCUUCAGUGGGGACAAGCCCCUGGAGGGGAGCUGCGAGCUGAUUGGCCGUUCCUGGCUGGGGCGGAGCCAGAGUCAUGGGAGCGCCCCUGCCACACCCACCCACCUGUUGGCCCCUCCCCUGGAGUGUUCGGGCCGGGAGACACCCGUGAGCGUGUGUGACUCCAUCCCUCUGGAGUGGGACCACACGGGAGAUGUAGGAGGAUCUUCGUCCCACGAGGAUGAGGAGGAGGUUGAGAAGGAAGAGGGGACCUACUACAGUACCCUGUCAGAGGUGGAGGUUACAGAGAGUCCAGAGGACUUUGUCAAAGCCACGGCUCUCUCACUGGGAGCUGAUCCCUCUGUUCCACUCAGAUCCAUGGCCAUACCCGAAUCUCCAAGUUGGCGCUCACCAGGCGACCCGGACAGGAAGUCCCUCCACCUGGACUCUCCUGACGGCCUGGACCCCUCACCUACACACACUAGCACUCCCUUCAAACAAGGCUACGUGCGUCUGAUGUCAGAGUGCAGUGGUAGCAUCAAAAGUGUUAAGAGGGUCUCCCUGAUCCUGGAUGAUGAGGAGCAGCCCGAGGAACAGGGCCUCACUGGCCUGACGACCGCUGACAAACAAUCAGGGGUGAUCGAGCGCUGGGAGCUGCUGCAGGCUCAGGCCAGGAGCAACCUGCUGUCUGGCCUGCGGGAGCCUUGCCAGUUGACCUCUGACCUGCGUGACAUCACUUCCUGGCUGGGGUGGGUAACGUCGGAGCUGGAGAGAGUGCAGGUUCCCGAGACCCCCACCAGCAUCCAAGACAUGGAGGCAAGGGUCAAACAACUCAAGGAGAUGCAGAAGGUAUUUGCACACUACAAGGCCGUCAUGCUGUCGCUUAACAUGGGCAGUUGCGAGUUGGGGGGGUGUGACGGUCCGGAGGCCCGGGAGCUAGGGGAGGGCCUGGCUAGUAUGAACCAGGGCUGGAUGCUGGCCUGCACUGGCCUGGAGGAGUGGCAGGACAGUCUGCGUACCACUGUCAUGCGCUGUCAGGAGUUCCACGAGACGCUGCACUCCCUGCUGCUGUGGUUGGCCCACGCCGAGAGCAGGCGCUACGCCGUCGACAUCCACCACCCGGACACACCGCCAGGCACGCUGUUGGAGCAUCGCAACACACUCACUGGCCUGCAGAAUGAGUUGCGGGCGAGACAGAGCCAGGUGGGCUCGCUCCAGGGGCUGUGGAGCCAGCUGCAGCCAGCGGAGGGGGGGGGGGGGGAGAGUGUAGAGGCUCGGGAGAAGCUCCACGUGACAGCCAACAAACUGCGGACGUUGCUCCGCCAGGUGGCCCACGACCUCAGCGUCGUGCAGGAGCGCCUGGACUGUGGGACUCUAUCUGCAGGUCCGGCUGCGGCUCGAGCUGCAGUUGAAAGUGAGGGCAGAGGGCAGGCGGAGGGCAGCCAGUCCCCGUCUAAUGCCAGUCAAGAGGAGGGCACCAAUACCACACCAACCUCAGCUGGCAGAAGGGGGGAGAAGAGGGACCCAAACCCACCUCGCUCCUUCUUCUACCGCGUGCUGCGAGCCGCCUUCCCCCUACACCUCCUCCUCCUCCUGGUCCUAGUGCUGGCCUGCCUGGUGCCCCUGGCUGAGAACGACCACAGCUGCACACUGUCCAACAACUUUGCCCGCUCCUUCUACCCCAUGUUGCGUUACACCAAUGGCCCACCACCCACCUGAUACAAACACACACACUGACAUGCGUGGCCUGCUUCCAAAGCUAACCCAUCGAUACUCUCUGCUUAAGAGCUGGAGAGAGGACAUUGUUACGGUCCCAAAAUUGUAUUUUAAAUAUCUAUAUUUAUAGAUUUGAAUUUAUAAUUAAUUUAUUCCCUUAAAAAAAGCCAUACCGAUGUUCAAUUUCUAUCAAACAAUUGAUGUGAUCCACCCAUUUGGAACUCUUGCCGCUAACGUCACUAGCAAGUACUGUAUUUCAAAGGAGACUUGUUUUUGUGAGGUUGUGUUCUGCUUGUAAAGAUUUCUAUCCUAAUGAUUUGACCUUCAAGCUAUGUAUUGAAGUAGCAGUCUGUUGUAGGAGCUAUCCAGUCCACAACAGCUUUAUAUUGAUGCUCUUUCAGAAUAAUGUCACCUGCACUCAUUCAAAAAUGCCUUCUGUAAGCAUCUACUAUUGAAAUGGUCAAAUUUUGCGACCCUUUGACUUGGCUGUGCGAGUGAAAUGUUUAAUUGGUCGCACUGGUGCGAGCUGCACAUUCUACCUGGUCGCCUCAAUCAAAACGUUCAAUUUUUUGGGGCGGAUAAAACCAAUGAAUUUGUUAAAGAGUAAAGUGCAUUAUCCUCAUGAUUCCUGUAAUAAAUGUGUCUGCCCUGCCGCUGUGCCUGCCUGUUUCGCUGGGACCGGCUGCUGUAACGAGCGAGUCUCUCGCAUUCUUUCUCCCCCCUCGUGAUUGUAUAACAUUUUAAAAACAACACUUUGGAAGUAACUAGUCUCAGCAUUCUGUAGGUAUAAUUUUUUUCUCAACGAUCAUUAUUGAGCACAAAGCACACUGUUUUAUAAUUAUCUGAUAUGGCUUUGAAAUACGGAGAGUGUGAAAUUUUGCAUUGCAAGUGCAGUAAACCUCAUUGCAGUUUUUUUUAGGACAUUACAUUUACUGUUAGAUUAAUACAUGGCUACUAGCAGUAGGUGUUAUAUUUCGAGUUAGCGAUCUAGCUAAUGUGUUUUGGCGUUUCCACUUCCUCCGGUGGUGAAAUAGCACCAAUUAAACUAGGCCUAUAUAUAAUAUUAGUGCACAUAACGAUAAAGCCAAAUUCAUCUCUAUUUAACAAAAAAAUAAGGAAUUCUGGAGCCCUAUUUUGACAGUAAAAUAAAACAAAAAUAGCCUAAUUGUCAACCCACUGGAUUAGGUUGUGUACCAAAAUAUUUUUAAAUCAUGCAAUCCUGCUUGGACAUGUUAGAAGUAAUAACUUGUUUAUUGAAAACAAUUUCAGUAGUCCCUUACACUUCUUAAUAAUGCAUUGUGAAUGACUUUAUAAGAUGAGUGAAAUGUAUUUUAUUGUGUGACCUUGCAAAUUGUAUUGGGGGGGGGGGUGUUAUCACCAGAUCAUGGGUGAAACACCUGGGAAACAUUUUAUGGGUCAGUGUGUAUGAAUUAUGUGCACUGUAUUAUUUCCAAAUAAUAUCAUUUUCAUGUUCUUCACCUCUGAACCUGCGCAAGCAUUCGUAUCAGUUAAAUCAUAUAAUAUCAAAGUGUAUAUUGAGGUAGCCAACAUGAAUGGGCGCCAUUUUGACACCAGAUAUUUUUUUAUUUUUUUAUAGGAAGACAUGUUAAACUGUACGUCUUUAUUAUUGUCCUCACCUAUACUCCGGUCCCUUGAAAUAUGGAGCCACUUUUCCACACAUCGAUACUGUGUAACCAAUCAAGAGCACAUCUGUCAAACUGAAUAGUUUGUAAGGGGGAGAAUUUGAAGAGCGGAAGAGUAUUUUUUUUUCACGAUAAUGAGACAUUGGCACACUGUAGGGUAGAUACCAGUAGUAACAAGACACUGUUAUAAAUUGGUGCAGAAUUAAAUGAUAGCAGUUUACAUUUCAACUUCUAAAAGUAGAAAUCUCUUUAAAAAAAUAAUAAAAUGAAUUCAGUAAUCAUUGUUGCGAAAAGACAUUUCCAUGGCUGCAUAAUGUACAGUUGAUUAGGACACUUAAGCCCUAAAGAGAAUGGUGUGCUAAAACAAAUUCUUAUUUAGGCUCCCAAACAAUGAACUGUAUAUGUAUGCCCCUUUUCUCUGGCAAUAAACAUUGUUUGUCUUACUGAACAAAAACUCCAA